AUGGUGAGGCCUGGAGUCCAGCAUAGAAUAGACGAAAUAAAAGAGGUGCUCAGUGAGAUCAAGGAAAACAUUAACAAGGAGCCAUCAAACAGAAUCAGGAAAGAUUCUGUCCUGCUGGAGAUAUGCACUCCUGGGACCUGUGGGUACAAUGGAUGCAUUAGAUCUACAAAAAACAGAGAGUCCGAGCUUCUUGGAAGAAUAGAGGAGUUGGAAUCCGUAAUAACAAAGCUGAACCAAGCCUCAAGCGGAGACGAUAAUGCAGGACAACCAUGCAUGGAUGAUUUCAAUGUUAUAUUGCAAGAAAAAAACAAUGAAAUACAGAGACUAAGUGAGGAGCUCUCUAAGGCUGUGUCUACGAACGGGCAUCUCCAAAAGAUCAAUUCUGAGAUGCAAUUCCAUCUAAACAAGUACGAGGAGAGAACUAGCAAACUAGAGGAAAUUGAGAAGGAGUGCUUGGAACACAAAGAAACCAUAUUGAGGCUUAGAAAUGAAAUAAUGGUUCUCAAAGGCUCCAUCCAGAUAAUUUGCCGAAUAAGACCCAAAACACCAAGCCAGCUCGGAUCAAGGAUGGAAAUUACAGACGGGGAUCUAAGAAUCAGUGCAGACAACAAAGAGCAUGAGUUUUCAUUUGAUAAGGUGUUUGGUCCGAAUGCAACUCAAAGCUGUAUAUAUAGGGAGAUAGAAACAACUCUUCGGUCUGUGUUAGAAGGGUAUAGUGUAUGUGUAUUCGCAUAUGGACAAACCGGAAGUGGGAAGACAUAUACUAUGGAGGGUUUUGAUAGGGAUCCGGGACUAAUUAUUCGGGCACUAAAAGACAUAUACAGUGCUAUCGAAGAAUUGAAAGGAGGCGGCUGGUCCUUGGACAUCACGUGCAGCUAUGUAGAGAUAUAUAAUGAAGACAUAGUGGAUCUGUUUUCUGAAGAUAUGAAAAAAGUCACAAUUGUCCAUAAGGAUGCAAGCAUAAGCAUGAGCUGUACCAGUAUGCCCAUCCAUAAUGUGUUGGAUGCCAUUAGAUUGUUUCAAACUGGGGCAAGGAGGAAGAGAGUUGGAAGCACAAACUGCAAUGAGAAGUCAAGCAGAAGUCAUGCUGUUUAUAUCCUAAAGAUAAAAAUGAAUAACGAAGCAUUGAAGCAGCAGAAGGAAGGUUCUAUGGUUCUUGUAGACCUAGCAGGGUCAGAAAGAUUAAGUGUCUCCAAGGCUGAGGGAAUUAGACUAAAGGAGACACAAAGCAUAAACAAAAGUCUAUCGGCCUUGGGAGAUGUCUUCAAUUCCAUUCUCAGAAAGGACAGUCACAUUCCUUUUAGAAACUCAAAGCUUACACAUCUCCUGCAAAACUUUUUAUCUGGAAACUCCAGGACCAUCAUGCUUGUCAACAUUUCACCAGAUGCAGAGCACCUCAAUGAAACUAUAUGCUCUCUUAGAUUUGCAGAUAAGGUUGGCCAAUGCAAACUCGGCUCUGUAAGACGUAAAGUGACAAGUUUUGUCUCUGGAUAA